CCGGUGGCAUCCCGGGUAGUGGCGGUUUUGGUGCCCGAAGCCGGGAGCGCAGAGUCGUUCCCGGGCGAGGCGGCCAGGCUAUGAUUGCGGGUCCCCGGCGUCCCGCUCCGGCCAGCCAGCGUCCCUGUCUCAGCCUGUGCCGGUGCCCGUGCCCGAGCGAUUUCCUCAGCCCGGCCCCGAGGCGCGGUUGUUGGCGGCGCCCCUGGCGCGCCCCCUCCUCCGAUGGCGGCGGAAAUCCAGCCCAAGCCGCUGACCCGCAAGCCGAUUCUGCUGCAGCGGGUCGAGGGGUCUCAAGAGGUGGUGAAUAUGGCUGUGAUCGUGCCCAAAGAGGAGGGCGUCAUCAGUGUCUCAGAGGACAGGACAGUUCGUGUUUGGUUAAAGAGAGACAGCGGGCAGUACUGGCCAAGCAUAUACCAUGCAAUGCCUUCUCCAUGUUCAUGCAUGUCUUUUAACCCGGAAACCAGAAGACUGUCCAUAGGUCUAGACAAUGGUACAAUCUCAGAGUUUAUUUUGUCAGAAGAUUAUAACAAGAUGACUCCUGUGAAAAACUAUCAAGCACAUCAGAGCAGAGUGACGAUGGUCCUGUUUGUCCUGGAGCUGGAGUGGGUGCUGAGCACGGGACAAGACAAGCAGUUUGCCUGGCACUGUUCUGAGAGUGGGCAGCGCCUUGGAGGUUAUCGCACCAGUGCUGUGGCCUCAGGCCUGCAAUUUGAUGUUGAAACCCGGCACGUGUUUAUUGGUGACCACUCAGGCCAAGUAACAAUCCUCAAACUGGAGCAAGAAAACUGCACCCUGGUCACAACAUUCAGAGGACACACAGGUGGGGUGACCGCUCUCUGUUGGGACCCAGUCCAGCGGGUAUUAUUCUCCGGCAGUUCAGAUCACUCUGUCAUCAUGUGGGACAUCGGCGGGAGAAAAGGAACAGCCAUUGAGCUCCAAGGACACAAUGACAAAGUCCAGGCUCUCUCCUAUGCACAGCACACACGACAGCUCAUCUCAUGUGGUGGUGACGGUGGCAUAGUCGUCUGGAACAUGGAUGUGGAGAGGCAGGAGACACCUGAGUGGCUGGACAGCGAUUCCUGCCAAAAGUGUGAUCAGCCUUUCUUCUGGAACUUCAAACAAAUGUGGGACAGUAAGAAAAUUGGCCUAAGACAGCACCAUUGCCGCAAGUGCGGGAAAGCUGUCUGCGGAAAGUGCAGCUCCAAGCGCUCCUCCAUCCCCCUGAUGGGCUUCGAGUUUGAAGUGAGAGUCUGUGACAGCUGCCAUGAAGCCAUCACCGAUGAAGAACGUGCACCCACAGCUACCUUCCAUGAUAGUAAACAUAAUAUUGUGCAUGUACAUUUUGAUGCAACCAGGGGAUGGUUACUGACUUCUGGAACCGACAAAGUCAUUAAGUUGUGGGAUAUGACCCCAGUAGUGUCUUGAUGACUCUCCCAGGAAUCAGAAAGAUGUAGUAUUUACUAAAGAAAUGGUUGUUCUGAUCCACAUGGCUACUGAAGCACCAAAGCUACAUGCGAGAAGUAAGAGAAGCUGAAGACCCGAGGUGAAUCUGCACCCUCCCUACACAGUCAGUGGGAACUAGCAGAAGGACACUCAGUCCAACUUGUUCAUAUGAUAUAAAAGAAGAUAUUUUUUUAACAAAUGGUUUAUACAGUCUGGCUGUGCUACAUUGUUUUGAGUAUACUGAAAAAUCUGUGUGGGGUGUUUCAUUUUUAUAUUUUCCAACCCUCCAUUUUACUUGUUGCUUUGUGUGUUGGAGAAAUAAGAGAAUCGUCUCCCUGUUCAGGGGGCGUUGGUCAUUAUAAAGUAGUUUCCACAUUUUCCUCACCUCGGCAUGUGUCAUGUGGUCAGCAUCUUUUCUCCUUUUCUGUCUUCAUCUGUUUGCACCUUCGCUGCUUUUCUCCAGAGUAAUUGUAUUUACACUCUUCACUCCCAGUGUUCCUACUUUCGUGUCCUCCUCCGUGGAGAGGAAAACCGUUUGUGUGGAUCCGCCAGCCAACUUCUUGAGUCCCCUGAGGAAUGAGCCGUCUGUCUGUUCUGACCUAUUCAUGUUCUUGCCGAGUAGGAGUGCCCUUGCGUUUCUGCCUUAGUUUUCUUAAAAAAUGCUGUGAGGAAGCUGCUCCCAACCAUCGUCAUCCAGAAGUAGAUGAUAGGACUCAGAGCUUCAACCAUCAGUGCCUGGAUCAGUUACCAUUCAGCUGGGGCCUCCUGAGCCUUCUGGGUUUUAGUUUUUUUGGAUAGCCCUCCCCUCACAACAUUCAAAACCAACUGAAACCUAAACCUAAAUAAGUGUCUUUAGGCUAUUUUUCGGUGUGACAUCAUCUCUGAACUUGAACCUUUAUUAUUUCAAGAUUGUCAUCCUGCUCUAUUCUUCACUAUCUGUAUUGUCUUCCCCUUUAAAAAACAGUCAUUCAGACAUCUUUAUCUUAAGGUAAUUCAUCAGAACAUUUUGCACACUUUUAUUUUAAGACCCUAUGUGACCUGAGACACAAAGGUACUGAAAUCCUACAGUUUGUGCUGUGUUCCUGCUGGGAACUUAAAAGAGGACUUUAGAAACCUGAAGAAGUCUUACUUCUAAGGGAAUCCUAGCAAGCUUGAUAAAAUGUAAUAAGUGAUGCACCUAAGGAUAUUGAAUUCCUAUUUUAAAAUCUUACUUUCACUCAUAAAAAUACAAUUAGAUUUAGUGGCGAGGAUAUGCCGGGGACCUGUCUCACUCUAAGCACUUUACCACCUCCUCGGAUCCUUACCUGGCACACAUACUGGGGGAUCACAGUCUCUUGAGAAUCACCUGUCUAAAUAAAGUCUUAAAACAGGCCACCUGUUUGCCCUUC